CCAUCUUGAAUGUUUAUAAAUUACAUAUUGUCUUCCAAGAUGAUUGAGGAUCAAUAACUGCAAAACUUGUUUUGCCGACCUCUUUCUGAGCGAAGAUCUGUGAUGGAGGGAGAAGAGGCUUUAAUCCAUUUUAAUUGUUUUGUGCACUACCCAAGUUUCACAGAAGAAGGACUAGAGGUAGAAACGGUCGCAAGGGGAAACGGCAUCCAACUUCCUCCCAGCACACAACUUUCGAGUCUUGCAGCGAGCGUGUUGAGCGACAUGUUCCAAAAGCAAGAAAUAGACGGUAAAAUUAUCAUGAAAGCGGACAACGCCAAAGGUCAGUGGAUAAGUGAGCUUCAUUUCGUUUGAAUUUUUUUAACCUGACAUUUAAACUUUGUUAGAUACAAUGCACUCUUCGCGAAGCCUGAGGUUCGAAUCAUUGAUCGAUGGGGAACUGACCACCCACAUUUAGAUCACUUCUAUUGAUGUAAGAAGUACAUGGCUUUGAUUUUGUUUGAAUUGUUUCCCUCACGAUCUCUCUAAAUAAAUUUUAACAUUUCACAGGAACAGAAGAUAGCUAAAAUGAAAUGCCUCCUUUUAAGUUCAUUAUUCCUUUCAAGUUCAUUAUUCCUUUCAAUUUAUUUAGAUUUAAAAACCCUGGAGGUAUAAGCAUACUGUUAAGACUUAUUAUUCAUUUCAUAGAAUGUGGUGUUUCUUUGUUCUUUUUUUUUUCAUUUGUCAACAAGACUUCGAGUAUUUGGUCAGAAUUUAGUUCCCCUAAGCAACUACAUAAAGCGUUAAAUUGAAUUUGUAUCCGUUUUUGUUCCGUGGAUUAUACAAUGUAAUCAGCGCUACAUGUUGUUUUCGUUGUUUGUCACAGGAGAUGCAAAUCUUUAUUACAUUUCAGAUUCUUUGAUACUUGGGGAGGGGAGGGUGUGUUUGGAAGAGUAUUGGCAAACUUUAAAUGAGACGUGACCAAAUUUAAUACAAGGAAUAUUCAGUAUUGAUAAGCCUCUUAAAAAAAUAACGCUAUAAUAUUGUACUCAUAGAUAUGUCGCUGUUGUACUCAUAUUUCUUCCAAUGCAUUUUGUUCUGAGCAUAAUUUGCAUAUACCCUACCUCAACCUCUUGAUAAUUUGCGCACCUUUACAAUUGCGCGCAAAAACAGCUACUGAAUUCUAGUAUGCCAUUAAAACGAGAAGACUUGAUCGAUCAUGCUCCAUUUACCCUUUACACCUUAACAUAACUAUGCAUAUUCUCCACACUUUUUUAUCUACAUUUCCUAAGGUUCUGACAAGAAGAAUUUGUGUAACAAUCAAGAGCUUUAAUUAGAGAUCAUUUCCUGAUAUGUGAUUCAGGGGUGAUAUUGUAAGGAAAAAUUAGAUACUGGUCAAUCUAAGGAUUUAAAUGGUUAAGGGUCAACUUGGGCAUAAUUUAUAACGGUAAUUGAACUGAGUGGAGUGCAAUUCAGUCUGAAAUCUUAUGCGUGAUUUCAAAAUCAAACAGGCACGCUUGGUGAGUUUAAUUUUAAAUAACACUUACAAUUUCAGACCAAAAUUGUAUGACACAAAGUUCAUAUACCACUUUAUUACAACUUCUGGCAUUUUGAAGUCAAAAAUUCAGUUGCACAAAUACAGGUUUUAUUAAAUCUAUACAAAUAUGGUCCAGUAUUAGUUAGUUUGUAAAAAGUUACAAAAGUUGUCUUUCAUUUUCCUUUUAAAGAAGCCUUGAAGUCUGAUUGGUUGUUGUGUUUUAGUAAAGCUGUCUCAUUGCCUGGGAAAAAGAUGCAAUUUAGAGCAUAAAAUUGUGCGACUGGUGAAUAAAUUGUAUCACUAAGAGCCAGUCAAAUUGCAAGGAUCACCAGUUAUUUCAAAAUGGAUGUAACAAAGAGUAAAGAUAUGUUCCACAGUAGUCCUAUUCCACUGGCAUAUAUUGGAUGUGAGAUGGUAUCAAACAUGAUUUCAUUUGUAAGAUAGCUAUGAUUAUCAUUUAACAAGCAGAAUUAUCUUAUCAGUUCACUUUAAAAUAGUUAUGACCAAAUAAAUACAAGUGAAUAGAGACUAUACCAAAUUAAUUUACAGGAGAUGAUACUAGAUUACAUGUAUUCUGGAAGUGAGAGCCCAAAUCAGUAUUGAUAUUUAUUAGGACAUCUUCAAGUUCCAAAAGCCCCUAAUUUUAAAAUUAGAGAAGUCAAAAAAAUCAUUUUCACAUCAGAGGUUUUGUUGACUGUAAUGCAUCUUGAAAAUGCCUAAGUACCUGAGUUGCACUCUUCCAGCCAAAUUAUUAACAAUUUGCUAUUGUUGAAAAUCUGAAACUGUGAACAUUUUUAAAAAUCAUAUAUGUGAACUGUGCUUUAAGAGAUGAAUAUUAAAGCAAUCUUUGCAGUGAUGAACACUACUCAAGCAGCUAUUAAAAUAAGGCCUGAAAAAAAUUCUGCUCUGUAUGGGAUUUGAACUUAUGUAUUUUGCAAUACAGAUGCAGUGCUCUAUGAACUGAGCUAACAAGGCAACUAGGGGCAGGUCAUUAAAAGUCUGGUAACUUUUGAAACCUACCCCAUAAGAUAUGUUCAGGGAAACACUCUGCUAGUUAAGUGAUAAGGCUUCCUUGUUAUAUCCUCUUUAACCUUUUGACUCCUAAGAUUGACUAGCAUUUAAUUUCUCCUUACAUACCACCCCUGAAUCAAACAUAAGGGUCACAAGAAUAAAGGAUAUGAUCACCAACCAAAGCAGCAGUUGAUUGUUGGACAAAUUCUCCUUGUCAGCACCUUAGGAAAUAUAUAGAGAACAAUAGGGAGAAAAUACAUGCAGAUGAUGGGGUGUGAAGGGUUGACUGUGUUUUGCUUGCUUUUUUUUUUUUUUUCUAGUGUUGAUUCAAGUGCGUGACCACUGGAAACCACAUCCACUUGCAGACUUCACCUCAGCAGGUGACCUGGAAGUGACAUUGCUUGAUUCAUUUGGUGAGAUUCUAUUUGCCAAAGAUGCAGCAAUCAGCCUUCAUGUUCAUCUUUGUUAUGAGUGAGUUGAAAAAAUUCCAUAGCUAUAUGCUAGUUAUCAACAACUUGGGUAUAAUACUACAGCUUAUUGUUUUUAUGUAAUUUAUGUUGAUUUGAUGGGUGGGAUAAACAAAAUUUCCUCUCCAGAAUGUUACUAGAAAUACUGUGCAUGGGGAAAUGUAUACAAUGGUUACUAUUUUUUGAGACACUAGUGUAACAAAUCAAUUUUUUCUUUCAUUAAUGGUGGCCUGUUUAGCUCCUAUUCAGGGUAGAGGUUUUUACAAUUCGGACAACUUGUGGGAUGAUCAGUGGCGUUAUUUCACAUACCUUUUAAAUGGCUAACCAUGAGGCUAACCCUAAUGGCACAAGAAAUAGUCCCAAGUCACUCCAGAAAUUAGCCUAGUGUUAGAUUUGUGUGGGAAAAAAAAAGUCUGUGACUGUCAAAAAGUAACAGUAUUCUUGCUGUAAGAUAUUUUACUGACAUUAGUGUUUGUUCAAUGUUUUUACAGUAAGGAUUGGGAUGAUCAAAAAGUCAAGACAGCUAUCAAGAAACUUUUAGAGUACUACAGCCAAACUCACCUAGAACGUAUGCUGUGUCCAUUUUCACAGGUAUUGUAUAGGUAGAAAAAGAAAUUGGAGGUGUACUUUAUGUGGAAGUAUAAUCUUAAACUUUAAACUUUUGGCAAUUUUUAUAAAAAUGCAGCAAAAAAAGUUAUUUUUUUAAAAACAACAACAUUUUUACCCCAUUGAGAGAAAAAAUGAUAGCUGAUAAGAAUCUAUUAAUACAAGAUAAAAUUACAAUUGAUUAAAGAAAAAUAAAAGUGCUAAAAAUGUUAUUUAAACAAAGAGUUUGGCAUGGUUGCAGUCUGUUUUGGGUUUUUUCUACCUCCAAAAUAAUCAAGCAGGUAGAAUUGGCUGGCAAUUUUCUUCCUGAACAAACUUGAAACGCUUGUCAACAAGAAAAACUUGAACAUUGUAAACCCUAUAACUCCCAAGAUCUUAUUGAUGAGUAGCACAAUCACCAUACCCACUUCUGUAACAUGUAUGGAAAAUGUGAAAAUUGCUAGUUUGGGACAAAAUCACUUCUUUAGGUCUGUUUUAAAUUCACAUUUACUAUUACAACUGAUUUAUUUCAAACUACUUUAUUUUUGUCACAUUUGAUUCAAAUUUGUAUUAACCCAUAAUCCCUUGUGGGUGUGGUCUUUUUCACAAAUAAUCAAUUUCAAGUUCACUGACAUAGUAAAAAGUAGAAAUAAUAACAUUUUGUAUUACAUGGAGGCUAGUAUCUCCCUAGUAAGAUCAACUGGCACUCUAAAAACUGACUUUCUGCCUCUUUUACAACUUGAAGAUCACAUCACCAUUUUUCUCUUGGAAAUUCAGCUCUCUUUUUGCGAUUCUUUUCAUUAUAUUUUAGAUUCCUUAGCCUAUUCUUUUCCUGCUUUUUCCUCCUCCACUCUUUGAUCCUCGCAAGCUUUUCUUCCUUUUCGUUAACCAUACCUCUUGUCAAGCGCACUUGCAGCGAUAUUUACAGAUGGCUAAAUCUCAGAAAAAUUAUUGAGUUUGAAGACCCCGACCCUUGAUAACGCCGCAGAAACCAAAAUAGGAAAGGUUAUCAAGCUAUUUUCGACACGGAGAUGAAAAGAUGAAGGCGAAAGUGGCGGAGCAAACAGCAGAUUUCAUAGCGCUUUUGGUGGCAUUUGUGGCGAGACUCCGCUCUCAAUAUGGCGUCAACAUGGUAAAAGCGUAGCGACUUGGUCAAAAGUGAAUAUUUUGGCCGUUUCUAAAGAUAUGGACCCGAAAACUUGGAAAUGACAAGAAAAACUUAUGAGCAUUGAAGUGUAAUCGAUUUGAAACCCGACUUUGCCGUGUUUGAAGUAUAGUAGCGAAGGAGCAGGUAAGUUGAUGAAAAAAUUAUUUUGCGUAAUCAGGUUUUACAAAACCGUAGCGACUGUUUUACACUGAUAUUUCUCCGUUUAUAGUCAAUCCUUUAGACUGAUUUUUCGCUAUUUUAGAACACCAAGUAUGAGCAUUUGGUUAAUGUGUUUUUGUUCCCACAGGAUUCCAGUUCAGUCAUUCUGCGGACAACAACUUGGUGUACUUCCAAAUUCUGAAACCCAGCGUUACACAAAGGAUGCUUAAGAAUGAUGAAUCUUUUCUAUGCGUUUUAAUAAACUUGAAAUGUCAAAGUUUUGCUCAAAUGUAGUUUUUAUUGUGUGUUAUCAUUAGGUGUAAUUUGUUUGCUCAAACGAGCUUUCUUUUCAGUGAAAAAUGUAUUUAAAAAAUUUUACCACUGAGAUUGUGUUACGCGUUACAACCAAAAUUGGCUCGAUUUUUCAUCUUUCACGGGUAUUUUCUCAAAGACAGCAAUGUGGUUUUCUGAUUUUUUGCUUUUACUAUAAUCAAUAAGAACAACUUUACUUGUAAGCAAAGAUUUGGCUUCAAUGAAAAUGUAAAACAGAAGAAAUCAUUGAAAGUUUGCAGUCAACCCCCUAUGGGCAUGGUGAUUGUGCUACUCAUCAUUGUUAAUUCUCCCCUCCUUGUAAAUUACUUAUGAGAACUUUUUGUCAUAUCAAGAUAACAACUUUGACCUGAUCAGUUUGAGUAUUCUCAUAACCUUUUUGCUGGAUAAUGUAAGGAUGUCAUUGGGAGAUGUUACAUGUUAAUGGUUUCUGGGAGUUAAAGUAUUUAAAUUAACUUAGUAUUGGUUUUUACUAGGGCAUGCUGUCACAGAUAUCCAGAGAUCAAUACCCUUGCCGUCUGUCUUCAGAAAAAAUAAAACUGUUUGCUGCAUGGUAUGAACAUUCUCAGCUGAGCAAAGAACAAGAGCAAGAUGGUUCAUCCUCACCUGGGAAGAAAAUGUUAGCCACUCUACGUGGAAAGAAAAUUGUAUUCAAUUCAACUGUUGAAAUUCCACUGCUUAGGAAAUGGUAUGAAGAAAACCCCAAGCCAGAUAUUAAAGAUCUGACAAGAUAUGCCGAAAUCCUAAACAACUUGGACCAGCGCAAAACAAGAGAACAAGUUCUAGCUCGACAUGUGAAUACAUGGUUUAAGAAUGAAAGAGCACGACUCAGGAGGGAGGGACUUCUGGAAGACUUGUCAAGACCUUCCAUGGUGGUAACUACUGGUACAUAGUUAACCCUUUACACCCUAAAAUCAGUAUGCAUCUUCUCCUUACUGCUUUUUAUUCAUUUCCUAAGAUGCUGACAAUGAGAGUUUGUUUACCAAUCAAAAGCUUCUUUCAUUUGUGAUCAUUUCCUUUAUUCUCAUGACCUUAAUGUGUGAUUCAGGGGUGAUAUUAUUAGGAGAAAUUUGAUGCUGGUCACUCUUAGGGUUUAAAGGGUUAAACUCUUCUAACAGUCUGUCCGAAGGAUGGUUUCACAUGAAUCUUAGUUCAUGUGUCUCUGUCACCCACCCCCAGAUGGUAUUAAAAAAAGGUAUAUUUUAUUAUUGAUUUGGCAUUUAUUGCAAUUGAUUUGGUUUCUCUAACCUCUUGGUGCUGAUUUGUACUUAGGCAAACCACUAUAAUCAAAAAUCUCUGGUGUUAUUUGCUUGAAUGGUAGACUGGGUUUCUAUACCCUGUGUAACCAUAGCUGCACAAGAAAUAUGAUUGAUUUAACAAGAAUUUUUGUUAUGAAAUAGAUGGUAAUUCUCACACUUUGCAUUUUCUGUCACCUUAUGAAAAAUUGGGAUCUUGUGGAGCAGCAGGGUGAAUUUGGAGAAAGCUGAAUGUACUGGAAACUCUUGUGAAACUGAAAUACAUCACUUAAACAACUAUAACAAUACAACUUGCACUGUUUUCUGUACAUGUAGAGUAAGUAUAAUAUUGGGUUGACAGUAAAAGUCACAGUUAUGCCACAUGUUACUCAUAAGCCUUUUGCAAUUUUACUUUGAUAACUGGGUGACACCUGGGCAUGGGAAAGUGAAUUUUAAACAGGAACUCUUUACAUGGCCAAAAAGUUAAAAGAAUAUAGAAAUUACGGGCAGGCCUAUUUAGGCCUAACCUUGAUAAAUAUUCAGUAUCUUUUCUUUAGAUUACAUGUUAAAUGGUUUUGAUUAUUAUGCUCAAACUUUGAGGCACUUAAAUUAUCAGCAAGAAAAAUGAACUUGUCUUCAACAAGCUUUCCAUAUUACCUCAGUUAUUUAAUUUUUUUAUUUUUCUUUGUAAAGUCUCUGAUUAGUGAGACUAUCUUUGUUUGGGAAGGAGGGUAUGGAUACUCAUCCUUCCCCCUUUUACAACAAAUCAAGCAUAGAGAGUACAUUUCAAAGAAUUAAGAGAGCGUUUGCAGUCUAUUUUUCCAAGGCAAGGUGUGGAAACAAAUGAGUCAAGUUUAUAAAUUGGGAUGAUCAGUUUGAAUUAAAACAUUAGUCAAUUUAAGAAAGGUACAUAAUUAUGGUACAUACUACAUGUAAAGAAUGUAAUAACAGAACUGCAGCUUUAGAGACAGCUUAAAACUAAAAUGUAUUAACUACUGCAAUUAAUUUUCAUUUGUAGAAGAUUAUUGUCAUCUAUAUAGAGAACUUUGCUUUUCUUCAAGCUCUUUAUUACAAAUAUCAUAGCUUCGGAUCAACAUCAGUAUCUGGGCAACUGCCCACCUACCCCUCCCCUAACCCAACAUUAACCUUAACUUGUUGUUAAUUGACUGUUGUUGAGUUAGGGGAGGGGUAGGUGGGUAGUUGCCCAGAUACUGAUAUUGAUCCAUAGCUUCUAAGUGUUAGUUGAAUGAUUAUGUUUUCUUAUUGAUUUAGAGCUCGUAGUAUUUGAGGGUGCUUACCCAUGGCCAGAAUUGAAUACCCAGACUAGUAAAGUUAAAAUACAGUUGGUCAUUUUGGAUAGGUUUCUUUAGCUGUGACAAACCUUUCAUUAAACCAUAGGUACAAUUAAGGAAAUUACUGGUCAAGCCUAGCAAUUCUGAUCGACCUCUUAAUUAUCAGAGAAAGAUAUUUGUCUUGAGCUUGGAGCAAAAGUCAAAAUUAAAGAAUCUUCCUGUUAAUUCUUAUCAUCAGUGGGGUGUUUGAAUGAGGCAACUCUGACUACUGGUGAGCACCGUCAACCCUUUAACUCCCAGGAUCUCAUUAGUAAUUCUCCUUACCUUGUUGGACAAUUCUCAUGAUGUCAGCUAGGAGAAUUUGGUAUUGGAUCAUCUAAUAAUCCCCUAAUUGAUGUGUUUACUGCUUCUCGUCACCAGUCUGCUUGUUAUUGUAUUGAUAUUGUAAGGAGAAAUUCUGUCUUGGUCACUCAUGGGAGUUAAAGGGUUAAAUAUGAUAUUGGUACAACUCAGUAUGUAUUUUCACGCAUUAUAUAAACUUGAGGAAAAACUAUUAAUGUAAAUAGUAUUUAAUGUAAAGUAAUAUAUUUAUGCAUGGUUUAAUCAGACUCGUGUAAAGACAUUUGUGGAAUUUUUUGUUCGAUUUUUUCCUGAGUUUGGUCUCUUACCCACUGAGAUCUGAUCGGUAAUUUUUCCUCCUACAUUGUACGUGGGCUAUUAUGGAUAACGGAUAACUAUACAUCAAAGAUCUUAUCGUUACACUGUCGUCGUGAUCAUCUUUCUAAUUUGUCAGCGCAUUACUUUCUUCCUGUUUAACUGGCUGUCAGAUAUGGAUUGGUUAACCACUGAAAUGAAACGAUGAAAGGGAUGAGGAGGUAUCAUGUCACUUCGUUAGAUUGUUUGAUAAAUGAAUCGGAUCCUCCAAUAGAUCCACGAUGCGCUAUUAGGGGUUAUGGCAAUACAGGAUAUUUUAGAUAAAAAAAAAUAGGAAUGCAGGAGGAAUACUUCAAGAAAAAACUAAGAGCGAAUGUCGAGGUUGACCGCGUUAAAUAAAAAAGAUGGCACAUGAUCGAAAAAGUGACAACUUACACACUUUGCCCAGCGACAAAUGCUUGAGUGUGUUACAUCUGUACUAGUAUCGGCUUUCUUCCUGUCUUCAACGUAUGUGGCAAAGGACUCUCGAUCUACAGGAUUAAAUGGUUUGAUUAUCCUCUUUCAAGUCCAUGGUGAAGCUCAAUUUUACCCUAGAACUUUCUGAAAGCUUACAUGUGGCGGAAUAUGGGAAGAAAAACAGACGCCUGCCGCUAGCUGUUAUUUAGAAACAAUUUCGUUGCGAGAAACGGAUGAGAAUUUGAAACGAAAGCAGGGAUAAUAUUGGACCUGGUGUCGUUUGCUAUGCAAGGUUAGCUUAUUUAAUUGGUCUCCUGAUCGAAUACGGUGCUAACUGCUAAGAUUUUCUUGGAAUUCUGGAUUCAACGGCGAGCGUUGCCCUUUGACAAAAUUCAGUUUUCCCGGUUUUUCCGUGCGGAAAUGAAAAACCCAAACCUACUUUUAUAUCCUCGAAAACAAAUCUAUUUCCACUUGUCAUGGGCUUAACUUGAACCUGAGCAAUACCACAUGCCAAAAAUAUUAAUUAACAAAUUGGCGACGAAAUACGAUGUUUGGAUUUUGAAAUAUUGAUAAUCUCCAAAAGCGUAGGAUCAUCGAGCCCAAAAUUGAAUGAAAUGAUCCUAUUUCAGACUUAAAACACAGCGCCAUCUUCCUUUAUUGAAGAAGUGGAACGUAGCCCAUUUCAGCUACGUACCGGUAAGUGAAUUGCAGUAUUCACUUAUUCACAACCAUCAAAAUAGUAGGAAAGAGUUGAAAUUGAAUUCGUCAUCAGGGUAAUAUUAUCCACACUUUCCUGCGAGACAUUAAAAUUUGAAGUGGCAAGAGUGGAAAUCUGCAGUCACCCCGAAGUACACAGAAGAAAUAAUACGAAGAAGUGAUCCGCUCUAUGUUGUACUAAGGGGUGUGAUUUUGCUUAGCUAAAUGUAGACAUGCUCUUCAUUAUAGCUAGGGACGCAUUCCGAAAAUUGUGAAAGAGGAGGGCAGAACAAACGUUGGUGAUAGUGAAAGCCCAAUCCCCCCCACCAUCAUUGGUGGAAGUGUAAGCCCCCUUUUCCCCCUUUCCCUCCCCCACCCCGCCGCUCGCCUCCUUUCUUUCCCCCUUUUUGUUGGUAGUACAGUAGGGUUCGCUGCAGGAGGAAGUCUGUGUUCCUUACUCCUUGCUAUUUCGAAAAAAACUGCUACUUUGGCUUUCCGUGCGGAUUUUAAAUAUAUAUAAGGCAACUUUCAUUUUAAUAGUUCUUAGAUCUUCAUUACAUAUUUUGAUAUUCGACAAUAUAUCGAUACGAGUGCCUUUGAACAAGAAAAGCACUGAAAUAAAAGUAGAUAAAUAAUUUAACAUUAUGACACUCGUGAGAAGGUUGGUUACGAAAACUCUCUGAAACUACCAGAGGAAAAAGGGGGCGGCAGUUUUAUCGUCUUCCCUCAGACUGCCCUGCUUGCGCAUAUGCACCUUUCCCAGAGCGGAACACAUUUAUCAUCUUGAGUUGACGUGUCAUUAUUUCGUUAUUAUGGAAAUUAAUCAAGCUCAACUAGACUCAGACAGACAGGCAAUUAGUUUUACAGUUAGUGGAAUCACGCAUAUCAUUUGGCAAUUAUUUUGCAUGAGAAUCAUACAGACUUAAGUUGGUUUCACGAUGUCUUAGUUACCGAUAUUACACAAUUUUACUGUCUCAACUAAAAUAUCAUCAUAGAUAAAUUAAAUCACAACAGUACAGUACGUACCCCAAUGUAAAAUAGAAAUCGGCUUGUUGAAUAAUAUAGCAUUUACUUUAAAAUUUCUCUCAUCUCUACUAAAGGGGUGUCUCUGUUCAUGAAAAACCGUUUUUUAUUUCCAAUUUCUACUAUUUUCCUUCCGCGCCAAGAAUUCCAUCAAAGGGGCUUUUCCUUACACUUUAUUUGAUGUAACGCGCGAUGUCACGCUAUGCUAACAAGAAGCGGUUGUUGCUUGGAUACAACAUGGCGAAGAUCAGGUACAAUGACAUAAAUGUCUGUUUCACGUGUCGAUAGAGAUAUGGGAUAAGGGCUCAUAUUUACAAGACAAACCAUAGAUCUACCCAAUAGGUAAGUCAGUUGUUUUUUUUUUUUUUAAAGAAUCCGGCGUUUGUCCUGAAAUGUCCUGAAUGUUCAUUGAUCCCUUAGCUUGAUCUUCGACGUCGCUCGAUAUUUUGUUAUACGCUCUGUCAUUAUUUUCGCCUUCGUUUCCUUUUUUCCUUUCUCACUCUCAACGGGAGUUUGAUUUAUUUGAUAUAUUUAUUUGAUUUAUAAAGUGAAAUUCCGGUGUUAAAUUUAUCAAUCUGCCAUUGAAUUUAAUUUAUCAAUCUGCCACUUCAAAAUUCUCGUCAUAAUUAUUAUUGCCAGACGGCCUCGCCGGCUAGAUUUGCGGGAAGAAUUUUUCUUUCUCCUUAUUUGAGAAAUUUGGACAAGUUAUCGAGGUCUCAGUAGCUGAACAAUCCUCUCUUUCUUACAUAAACUCAUCGAAAUGUUCACCUUGAAAGCUGGGGUAAGGCGAGACUGUUGAAAAACCCAAACAGCCCGGCUUGUCGUGGCCGUUUAUUUUUAGUUUCGACGGGAGCGUGGAUGUUUGACACGGGUUUGAGCGCAUUGAAACCCUUCUUCUGGAUACGGGUCGUGGCAUUAUCACAACGUCAUAAAUGCAGCCGACUUCUAUUCGAUGAAACAAUAUUUUAGACCGAAGGCAAGGAUUAUAAACUUUACGUGAUGAACAGCGAAUUUAAAAAGGCCAUACAUUGUAGGUGAAUGAUAUCGCUUACAUAGUGAUGUGUGAAUUUUAAUGUAAUCUUAACUUAUCAAUGAUCAAGAACGUUCGUGUUUUACUCUACCACAUAUGGCGAGUGUAUAAUUUGAAAAGCGUUUUAACUAGGGCAAGAAAUGUCUGUUGCGUUAAAUUCUCUUCAUUGUUUUUUGGACAGUUGUUGGUAUUUGAAUUUUACAUCGAUGAAAUGAAAUUUAUUUUGAUCUUGAUUUCCCACUUGAUAUUCCAAAGGCAGGCGUAUGGCGAACGAAAGUUCAAAAUAUUGCGAAGAUUACCUUCUCAGGAAAGAAGGACGAAACAAGGUGAGUUAAAGUUUUCAUGGUGACUAAGAUUUUCGAACAGCGGUUUCAGAAAUGGUUGCGCAAAGCUGUACUUCACUGUUGGCGUUGAAAAAAUACUGGCUACUGAGCAAAAAAACGUACUCAUUCCGGUUGGCACAGGUAACUACAGAAAUAAACAUUGUUGAACAGGGGUCUUAGUUUACUACUGGAUGUCAUUAAUGUUAAAAAAGAGUUUUUCUUAAGGCGGCAAGUAGUUGAUGCCAACGUGUGAUAUAUGGCACAUAUGAUCUAGCGCUAUGUAAAUUUCGCUCAAAUUAGCUAACAGUUCAACUUCGAUUGAGGUUUUAACGCGCCAGUGUCUACAAAACCCGCAAUAAGAGGCCGAAGUUUUGGCAUUUAUUGUUGCGAAUGUUGAAAAAAGAAACUUUGGGGAGGCUUUUUCUAUAUUGUGAUAGAAAAUUUCGAGAGGAUGAAAGGAAAAAUGGUCGAGUAAUCUUUAGUUCUCGUGUAAGUAAUCAAUGCUAAGUAGAUAUUGCGCGUGUGGUUCGUAAAGGAAGGGCAUAUGGUAAAAUAUGGACUGGACCAUUGGACCAUUGGACCAUUGGACUAAUAGACUAUUAACUGGACUAUUUUUGGACCUAUCAGUAUUUAGGGAGGGGUGGGAGGCAGAGGUGAUUGUAUUAGUAAAUGCUACUGGUUGAUGAUCUUUUUACUGGAUCAUGAAAAUUAUUUUGAACGGUUUUCCGACUAUUUUUAGGGCUGUUUUUUUGUCAUGAGAAUGCGAAACAGACGCCUCAAUAUUUAUUAGCAGACGCGAUAGAGGCUUUUUUAAUGAUAAGUGAGAAAGCUUGCAUUCAUUGAAAAAUUUUGAGCCUGAAAAAUUCAGUAUCUUCUAACUUUGCUCUCACAAGAUCAAUGUUCACCGGGGAAGCCUAAUGAAACAAUUGACCGGUCGUACGAGUCUUGACCAGACUGAUCGAAUGGUCAGCAAUUUAAACAAUUUCAAUACUGUACUGACUUAACGUUCGAUGAAAGCACGCCCACUCUUCCGUUUUUAUCUUGUUUUCUCUUAAACGAGUAGGAGUUGAGUGGAGUGUUUAACAAAGAAGAUGUAACUUUUUUAAUGAAUAAUUUUACACAAAGGUUGAUUAGUAUGCAUUAAUUAGCGGCUAAAGCAAAACAAAUUGUACGAGGAGUUUAUUGGUUACGUUUUGUUAUUAGAAGGUCAAUUGCUACUGACUCUGAUGUUUGUUGUGCUACUUUUUAAUGGUAGCUUCUUAUGAAAUUGUCGGCUUAUCGAACAUUGUGACGACAUUUCUUCCUCCAUUUGUGCAUAUGGCAUGGGAUGAACUUAAACAUAGAAAUGUAAGGCAGCUCCGCUCACUUGCAAGUCACAAUUUUCCGGAAAAAAAAACUUCCUUAUUUUGAGCGGUUUUCGGCUGAAAAACUUGAUUAAUCCGUAGCAUUUACCAAUAAAACCACCUCCCACCCAUCCCUGCGUUCUAAUAGUUCGUCUUCCACCCCUCCCUCAGUAACAACAGUCUGCCUCUCACCCCUCCUUGAGUACUGAUAGACUGCAUCCCAUCCCUUCCUAAGGACUAAUGGUUUACCCCCCCGUAAAUGGUUCAAAAGAUUGUCCAAUAAUUAGACCAAAAAAGGGUCCAGAAAAUGGAAAAAUAAAUGAUCCAAAAAAUAGUCCAAAAAAAUUGUCCAAUAGUCCAGGGAUCCAAUGGUCCAAUCUAUAUUUUACCUUAUGCCGUCAACAAACCUGUACUUUCAGACUGUUUUGCUAACACACUUCCUGAGCAAUAGUUUGGUGGUUUUUUCGUGGGAAAAUCUGCUAAUGACUAAUGACAAACACGUUUUGUUGUUUCUGACUGCAGUGGAUACAAUAUUGGGUUGUUAUUAGAGGCGUUUGGAUGUUGUUCUACAGAGAUCAAGCUACAACUAACCGAGAUAAUGUAAGUUAGUAAGUCUUCGUCAGGAAGUAAGUGAUCAUCAUUUAACAUGUUUAACUUUGCGUCUCUAGUUUGCAAUCAGUAUCUUCAGUGCUAAUCAAGUCAGCGAGACGUAAUUUAGCUUUUAAAAGUAGAUUUCAGCCUGAGAUAGAGAGAUUAUUACGGCUAAGAAUGUGGCUAUGAUACCGAAAGUUGUAACUUAAUUCAGAAUUUUCUUUUUUUGUUAUAUUUUUAGCAUUUGUUUGAACUGGUAGCCAUUUACGUAAGUAAAAUGAUAUCCCGUCUUUGUACUUUGAAAAAUCCCUUAAAUUUAUUCAAAAACUUGUUCUACAUCUGAAAACUCGACACUUCUCUUUGCUUGGAUACAAAUAUUACUUACAUCGUUUUCGAAACCUUCUGCUUUUUGUGGAUCGAAAGAUCCCUUUUUAAAGGAAAAGUUUGUAAUGGACGUGGCUUUUACUAGUCAACUGGAAGAGUUUUUACACAAGGUUUUCUGAUAAGCGGAAUAUUUGCUGCAAAUUGGAAGCAAAGGUCACUUUGGAACUUUUCCAAACACCACAAACUUCCGCGAGAGGCUUUUAUGACCAGCUGUCAAAAACAAUCUACAUGCUGUUUAACAGAGCUUGCGGUGAAAUCGAUACUGGGUAAUAAACUUUGGAUUUACAUAAAGAAGGAUAAGUACGUGAGACGGAAGAAGCUCUCAAGUAGAAAAAUAAUAGAAAAGAUCCUAAGAAAACAUUGCUUGACAAGCAGAUAACAAAACGUGCUUUAAUAAUUACCUAAGAGGAAAAACAGUCAAUCUUGUUCAACUGUUAUCGGUGACUGAUGACGAAACAAAUCUGACUUCCUUGUUAGGUUCAGUAAGUUCAGCUCAUUAUGUCGGAGACGAAGAAGUUUUGAGUGGGGGGAAGGGAGGGAGGGGGAAGGGAAGGAGGGAGGGAGGGAGGGUGGACUUACGAGUGAAGAUACUAAAAAAGGAAAACCUUUAUGAGCGAAGUUAACACAUUCAAUACAAUGGAAGGGCUUAUUAAUGCAUAAGUAAACCAAGCUCGUUGCGUAAUGGGCGAAAUAUGAAGAUAAGUAUACAAAAAACAAAGGGUCGUACUCAACCUAAAAGUAUGAACUAGUUUUGAAUAAGUGCAUGGUUGUUCCUUUUUAUCGUAUGAAAUUUCUGGGUUGAUUCAGGGCCGUUUAGCUCGGUUUUAAUUAACCUGCUUUUCCCUCUAUAAUAGAAAAAAAAUCCCUGUAUUUCACCCAUUGCGCAGUGCAAACGUUUUUACGGAGCUUAAGCUACCUGUGGUCAGACUGUGGACGUAGUAACCCAUCUGACUCUUGAGCAUUGAGCAUUGAGCAUUGAGCAUUGAGCAUUGAGCAUUGUUUGAGUAUUGUAACUAUCCUUGGAUAGGGUGCAAGUUCACCUCAAUCUCAAUUACCCGCUUCCUCAACCCCCAAAGUUUCUUUUAAGUUUCACUGUGAGUUUACCGGUGACCAUUUAGGUCAGGGUAAAGUGUCAAACAAGACUUAAGUUUUUUGUUUAUGAACGCAACGCAAUGGCUCAGCCUAGGUUCGAAACCAGACCUCACAACUUGGAGUCUAUGGCAGUAGCAAUAGCGCCGCUUUGUUCUCCAGAUGGGCUCAUAGGAUGAACUGAUAGCUGGAGGGUGUACGUAGUACAAGCGGAAUGUCUCACGGUAUCCACACAUCCCAUCUUGCUUCGUGUGUAACUAAGGAAUAUCAUCAAAAAUCGUUGUGUUAUUUUGCAGUUUAAAGGUUCCGUCGAACUAACGUCAUGCACAAAGUGCAACACAGCGAGGAGAGGAAGUUAUAGCUUUCCGUUCUUUGUCGUCACAGCGAGAGGAACACAUCUCUUCAAGGUUACGUAUUUGUCUUUGUACUUGAAAUGUUAAUAAGAAAGUUCCUUAGGCCCAAUAUCAGAUCGGAAAGUCCUUCCAAAACUGCUGACAAAAUAGCUCAGCGUGAGUGAAAAAGGCGAUCACGCACCACUGUUUUUUGUUUUAUUAUAUUUUUUCCGCUCUCUCGACUGACUAAGCAGAGAGAGGGGGGCUUCUUACAGACUUAUGAAGCUGAUAAACCGGCCAUGGAAUUUUCCUUUCACCCGUUGUUAAGCUGGAUCAUUUAUUGUAAGGCAUGCAUUCGUUAACUACGAUAUCUUUGCUCAUGCGGACUUUGCCUACGAGAGGUGAGCACUUAAGCCGUGAACAAUCACUGCUGUAAGGAACAGUUCGCCCCCCCCCCCUCCUCUCCCCCUCUCUCCACCCUGUGCGCAAACACUAAAAUACGUCGUUUUGCUAUUCUAGGGAGAGUGUUGGUCGUUGUUUUAAUUUUGUCCAAGUUUAUAGAUUCUAUAUUGAGAGAAAACAAAUAGAAACGCGAGAAGAAUCUUUGUACAUUGCAGAGGAAACUUGCAGCCUUGGAUUGGAAAGAAGGCAACGAAAUUUUUCCGAAUGUGAAUGUGAAUGUUUUCCGAUUUUUUUUCUUCUAGUGCGACACUAAUUUAAAACGCCACCAAUGGAUGUACCUCAUUGGCUUGGCAGCGAAGGUGAGUCCAAAUGGAUUUGAUUUUUUUUAUAAUUCUUUCGUCUUGUCGUGCAAUAUCAAAAUCAUUCGCUGCGUUUUUCGUUUUUGGUUUUGUUUUAUUCCUUGGUAAAAGCGAUUAGGAAGUAAGGGGAGGGAACGUCACGCUCGAUUUGCAAUGCUUCAGUGUCACGCCUUCGCCAUGUCCUUGUAUAAAAACGAUUUUAUGCAUUAGCUUAAUAUCUCCUGUAAUUGUAAUAGGUUACGCACUUGGGAUCAAUAUCAGUAUCUGGGCAACUGCCCACCUACCCCUCCCCUAACCUAACCCUAACUUAUUAUCAAUUGACCGUUGUUGAGUUAGGGAAGGGGUAGGUGGGCAGUUGCCCAGAUACUGAUAUUGAUCCCGCACUUUCUUGGAGGACUUACGCACACGUUCUACAUUUUUGGCACUCUAAUUAAUUUCAGUUCAUUCUAAUGAUUGGUUAAGUCGUCAACCACAUAAAUCUUGACUUUAGUAUACGUUUUAUUACUUAAUCUAGAUAUGUUAUUUAUGCGAUUUCGAGCGAACGAAGAAGAGCAUGGAGCAGACGAACGUGCACAAAAGCAAGAUAAUUGUCAGUUUUCGCCCUUCUGCCACCGCGUGCCUUCCACCCUUUUUUUUUGCGAUUACUGGCUAGCGAAGGCGAGCAUACAUCAGACGAUCGCGCAUGAAAACAAGACAAUUGUCAGUUUUCGCCCUUCUUCCACCUGUGUGACUCGCGCUCCGCACGUGCCUUAAGAAAGAAAAUAUUCAAAAUGACGUGUGUUCGGUGUGCGUUUUAUCCGAUGAAAAGCGUAAUGGCCAACUCUUUUUGCACCUUGUGUUCACUAGGGUGAUACGCCGGCUCCACCUCCCUUAGCUGUCCCUUCCCCGCUUUCUUCAUCUACGGAAUUAAACUCUCAUGACGCCGAGGUUAAUCACGCAGAGAUAUGCAGGCAGAACUCUGAGUCAGAUGAAGACGAUCUCUCUAUUCCACCGGGUGCGAUUCUUGUCACUACGCCCAUAGAAGAAUUGUCUCACGACGAGAAAACAUCAAAUGGACACACCAGCGCCAUUCAAGGUAUUUUAAAAACAAGAAUCGCUCACUUAGAUUCGACAAGUAACAAUAAGACUUUGAGCUGAUUGAUUUUGAGCAAGUCAUCCAUCGGUUAUCGGUGCGGUAUUAAAGAAAAAAACUGACUGGAACGAAUCAGCAAACUCAUUGAAAAUAUGUUUUUAACUGACAUUUCAGGUCAAGUACAACAUGAUAACCUCAGCAAAGCUGUGCUAACAACAGGAAUCACUGGAGCAACGCGUGGUAAUUAUUUAGUCAAUUGUUUAUAUAGGGGAAGUACGAAGCAGUCUGAGCAGUCUGAGAUAACAAUGGCUUUUCGCAGUCGUAGGCAUUGCAAUCUGCCAAAAAUAAAAAAAAAAUGCAAAAGAUAAAUUCAUAUAAACAGCAGUUCAGACAUAUUUCCUCUGGCGACCCUCUAAACUUUUUUUAAUAAGGUUAAAAAGACGUUAAAAUUGUAAAUUUUUAGCACAAAUUUCAUUCAUCAGCUAAUAAGCUUCCCUCAUGCACCAUUAAUUUUUUGCAGUCAUGUUUUUACUUUUCAUCAGUAAAAUUUUUGCUAUUUUGCUUUCUAUCAGUCGUCAGAGAACCGUCCUCUGCCAAAGCUUCUGCGCCUCAACCCGUUACUCGUCCUUUUCAGUCAACAACAGGUAUGUGAUGUGUAAUGUCUUUUACUAGUUAUUAGCUAGAGUAUGUCAGAGGUUCUCUUGUUAAAGGAAUUAAAUUCCUCUUAGACUUUGAUGCCAAAUUAUUCAACAAAUAUGUAUGUAUGUGGCAUACGGGGUGCGGCUGAGUGUGUCACUGAUAUUGUUAACGCAUUUUGAGGUCAUCUGUGAACUAUUAAGGAGUUUAAAAAAAACACGAUGGCAACGGCAACGGGAACGUCACGAAACAAAAAUGUUUAAAGAGCAGAACAAUGGCUGUACACGUGAACAAUAAAUCUUUGUAAAUUUCUUUGCCUCCUCUGCAAAACAACAACUUUGCGUUGUCUGAAGAACGUGAACGACGACGGCAAAUUUAUUUAUUAAAUUUCUAUUUCUAAUUUAACGCUGUGUUCCAUAUUCAGUUUCAAGAUAGUUUUGACAGUGAGAAACAAACUAAAUGACGUAAGGGUGUCGCGAGAUUCGUAGGUAAAAUAUAAGUUCAUUUUUCAACCGACGUUGUCCACGGCGUCGUUUCUUAAACUCCCUAUUACUGAACAGAGCUACGGUAACGUGUAGUCUAUUUGUUUUAUAUUUAUAUAUAUUUUUUUAAAUUUUAUACUUUAAGCAGUGAUGACACCAUCUACGCGUCUGUCCACUAGAUCAUACGUAAGAAUCAAUCAAAAUGUGUGCUGCAGUUCAGCUAAUUGUAUAAAUAGUUUUUUACAGGGAGUUCAAUUUUUUUAGAACUAUAAGAUUUGUUUGGAUCAUGUGGGGGUCGUUUUUAGAGAGAAAGUCUAUUGAAUUAGUCGGCCUUUUUGGUAUUCAUGCGAUGUUUAUUUCAUUAUUAUCAUUACCAUAACUUUUGACAUCCAUCCAGGUGUGUCGCCAUGUCAGCAGAAGUAUUUUCCUAUUGGCCUUAGUCCUCCCUCCGCCAUUUCAUGGGGUCGAAGUAGUCCCGAUCGGCCAAGCAGCAGUCCCAGUCUUAAUCACACGCGAAGGCAUUUAGGGACUAAACAGUUGGCAAGAUUGCCGCUCACUAACAACAGAUUUUCACGAUACAUGGCAAAGUCUGUACCUGAUAUGAAAAUUUUAUCACUGGAGGAUCCAAGCUGAAAUAGAGAGAGUGAAUUUUUUAUCGUGGUGCAAAUUGUCAAAUGGCUCAAAAUUUCGAUUAUUUACGCGAAUUGCUAAAAGCAAACCACGAUUUACAUUUGAGUGAAUUAGUAUUUUAAGCUAAUACAAAACUUGUUGCCAUUUCUGUCACGUAUAAGUUCAGGGCUCCCAAUUUUGGCAGUAACAAUUUAGGGUGGAACUUGCAGAGAAAGAGAGCAAACUAACAAACAAUUUUCUCUAAAGUUGGAGAAGUGUUGCGAUUUUGUGCGAAGUAAACAAACCAAAGAAAUUGUUUCAUAGCAUAAUCAAAGCCAAAAGGUAUGACUUGCGGCACAAUGCGCGGGAAAAGCACUGUAACAUACGCCAAGCGUGGAAAAUUGUCAUACUCUAAUUGUUUACAGUAAGUUAGAUGACGUGUGGAACCAAUCAGAUACUACGCAAUGCAGUAAGAGAUCUACCUUCAGACAAAUACAACUUGAACUAUAUUGGUCAGUAAUGGUAGAAUUUAACGUUUAAGAAACGCAAUUAAAUUCUCUGCGCAUAAAGUUAGAGUUGCUUCGUGCAGCUAUUAGUUUGGCUGCGAUGCAAAGGAGAGGCGUUUUAUCGUUUACAAAAUUAGUCAAACAAUGUAAAUAAUGUAUUUAAAUUUAUUUAUACAUUUAGAAUGCUAGAUUCAGCAUUAUAAAAAGAUGUUAAGUUCGAAAAAUAGGUUAACUUUUCUUAGAAACUUUUCACGUUGAUGGGACAGAAAUAUGGUGAAUAAAAGUGUUGUUCUGCG